AUGCACUUGAAGGUGAAGGACCUGCAGAGAAACAUAGCAGCCAAUGAACGAACAGCGGACUAUGACGAGGCAGAGCAGCAGCGGAGGGUGCUGGAGCAGAUGGAGGAGAAUUACGAGGACAUAGUCGAGCAGGAUCCGCGGGCUGAGCGGGCGCAGGAGGAAAGUGACGAGGAAGAUGAGCAGGAGUACGGCGACGAGCCGGCGUACGAUGACAGGCAAGGGUACGACGGCGGGCGGGCGCACGAUGACGAGCCGGAGUACGGCGACGAGCAGGGGCGCGAGGACGAGCAGGAGUACGACGGCGAGCAGGAACGCGGCGAUGAGCCGGAGUACGGCGGCAAGCAGGACCACGGCGACGAGCCGGAGUACGGCGGCGAGAGGGAAGACGGUGACGAGCAGGAAGACGGCGACCCGCAACAGGAGGGCAACGAUCUGGCGCCAGCGAGGCCCCACGUACCGAGCGGAACCGUGGAGGGAGAGCGCACGCCCGGCGCGGAACGCGCCGACACCGCAACGGCAGCAGAAGAAGAAGAGAGAGAAGCGCGAGAGAGGGGGGCACGUGCCACGGACUCCGAGCGUCUAGAAAGGCGAUACGCCCCCGACCCGCUGCAGCAGGAAGUUCGGACUCGCGAGGGAGGGGCCCGCACGAUGCAGUCGCGGGGAAUGCGCGAACGAAACGGUGCAGAGGACAGACGCGCGACAGGAAUUCCGCGUCGGCGAGCGGAGACGAGGGACGUAAGCUCGCGCUCGCCCCGAGAACCGCCGCGGAGGGCCGAUCGGUACGGAGGCGCGGCAGGAAAGCGGGGAGGAAUGGAGAAGAAUGUGGUUCGCUCGGCGGCGCCACCGCGGGCACCUGAAGGAAGCCGUGGGAGAGAGCAGCGCUCGCCAGAGACGCAGCGGAACUGGGAGGGGCGGCAACAAGAAGGAUCACGCUCACCGAACGAGCGGCAGCAGUGGGGGGCAGGGCACAGAGGGGUGUCGCGGUCGCCCGACCGGCGCCGUUGGCGAGAAGGAAGGCAGGAGGAAGCAGACCGCACGCAGCCCGGCGCACGGCAGCAGGGCAGGGGCAGGGAGGAAUGGUCGCCACCCCCAGCGAGACGUCAGCCGCGUGAAGCCGACCACAGGGAAUGGGAGCAGAGCCAUUAUUCGCCGGCGCUGCGAUGGGAGCGGGCGAGGAGGGAAGAGGGUCAGUGGGGCCAGUCAGGGGAGAUGCGCGGAGAGCAGCUGGAGAGCAGGGCCAAGACAGGCAGCUUGGCGCAAGGGGCUGAACGGGCACGAAUGGCCAAAGAAAACCUAGAACGAGGGGGGCAAAAAGGAGGGUAUGGGAGACAGCGGGGAGGGGUAAGUGAGUCGUGGGGCGAGGGAAAAGGGGGUGCGGCCACAGCGACAAGGACUUCUUCCUGA